GAGGCAGGAGAGCGCGAGGCGUGGAAGGUUGUAGUGUGGAGGGGGGGGGGAGAGCUGUGAGUGAUUGCUGCAGGGUGACACCCUCAUUCAUCACUAUUCUUCUCCGCUCCAUUCUCUGCCCAUGCUGGAGAGAGGCGUUCACACGCCAACCUGAGGAUUAUUAUUAUAACGUUUGCUGUCCUCAUUUUCUUCUUGGAGGAGAAGCAACAUUUGGGAUUGAUCUCAUCUCUCUUUAUAUUUUAUUUUUUUAAAAACCAUAAGGUGAUCGUUUGGAUUUACAUGGCGAGGAAAGUAUGUGAGUUAAAAAAAGUGUCGCACCCCAGAUCCCUCCUUCUUUUUGCCUCCUCCCAUCGCAUGCAGCAACAGCAGCAACACGGACCCUGAGCUAGCUGCACUGACAAGGACUCGCUGCUCUGCCUGUCUGAUCGUCCUGCACCCGUGUAUGGACUCUGCUUGUUACCUGUAACCAGACCUACAGCAACAACCGUGUGGCUACCUACCGCGGGAAGUGGGCUCUCUGGAUGGAUUACCCUGUGAUGAGACUCUGGCUGUCACUGCUGCACUCUGGAUUCGCUGUUUAGCUGCUUUUUGGAUGGAGGGUUUGAGCUGGUGGGAUAUGACACGCCUCAUGUCCCAUGCACAGUAACCGUAGGACUGCACUGCAUGGCUUUGACUCUGGUGUCUGCUUGCACACAGGUGAGUUUCCCCGUGCAGAUUGUGUAUACCAUCUGUGCACGUGUUAGAACCCCCCGACCCUGCCUGCAGGUGCUAAUUAUUUUUGGUGUUCGAAAGCCACAAGGGGCUGUGGAGGGUGCUCUCUGCUGAUAUACUGCAUGCAUAACCAGUGUGCUGUACAAUAGAAAUCCCUGAUUAUCAGAAGCAAAGGGAGGAAGCGCGACCUUUGCAGCAAGGGGCCCCAGUAAAAGCAUUACUAGAGACAGGUGUUCUCAGGGUAACCGCUCACCUUUGAGAGCAGUCUUGCUUUUUAUAUCGCAUUUGGUUACAGUGUGGCUGGCUAAUCCAUGGAUAGAACGUUGGGAGUUCUAUGUAAAGAAUAAUUAGGAAGCAAUCACCAUGCAAACCAAACAGAAUUGCACUGCUGAUUGCUCCACCUUUAGGACUCUACCACCACAAUCACUUUUUUUGCAUAACCUCAAUUACUCGUAGUUUUUUUUUUUUUUUGUUCUGUAUUUUGUGUUUCCCAAACUUCACGCAACGUUGCGGUGUAUGUUGGCGAUUGUUUCACUUUCAAAUCCCCAAUAAUUUGAGCCCUUUGGUUCUGGCUAGCUGUGUAAAACAUGCACUGCAGCGCAGUAUAGGUAAAUAUGUCAAGGAGAAGUAAAUGUAAGAGUUUGCCUUCCACGUUUGUUUUUCUUUAUUUUGGACUGAUAUCUACAUUUCGCGUGUGACGCAUAACCUCUUAGUAAAUAGCCUCCGGCUAGCACUGUGAAUGUGUUUUUACACCUUGCACAUGAUGCCCAUUUAGCCAGGCACACGGGGGGGUGGGUGUGCACUGUUUGGGGCACAAGGAGCCAGUCUGAGACAAGACAGUGCUCUGUAGCAGGGAUGAGUGGAAAGUCCGCCCCCCUGCGGUAAUGUUCAGCUCUCUCCCUCCCUCCUCCCAGCAAGGGGUUGUUUCAUUCAUAACUUUUUCCUUCCUCUGUCUCCCCCCAUCUCUCCUUUUAUUAGAGCUCUCUGUCUCUCUCCCUCCCCUACCUCGGGAGAUCCUGCUCCUUUCUAUCAAUUCAUAUUUCCCCAGAUCUACUGACAAUCAUUAAAGGUAAAGAGCCAUUUCCUCACUCUGAAAACCAGCCUGAGCGUUCUCAAAUCCCCUGCACUUACUUACUUUAUGCAGAUUUUAUAGUGUCCCUGGAUCUUCAAAUUUAUUUUAAUGUUUUUUUUUCUGUCUGGCAUUCAAAGGUAGUUAAGCAUAUUUUGUGUUGUGAAACGUAUAGUUGUAAGGUUUUUAGGAUUUGUUUUUUUUCCCUUCUUGUUUGUAGAUCUUUUUUAUUUAUUUUUUUUAUUUUAUUUUUUUUGUAUUUUUUUUUUUGGUUCCCAGGCAUGAUUAGUAUUUUUUAACACUAUUUGCUUUGCACGUGUUCGUGUUGUGACUUUUAAUCCAUUCUGAUCCUUGUUAAGAUCAGUUGACACAGGGUUUAAUCUUUACACAUUUUAGCAUGUGUGUGCCUUUUUGAUACGUUUUAAUGCUGCAUAAACUGAGGUUUCUGUUCUUUGUGAUGCUGUUUAUACCCAAAUGCACUGUGUUUUAGGAAGUGCACAAUUGUUUAAUAUAUGUUAAAGAAGCAACUUAGCAAACUAUUAAUAAUCUAAAAAUCGAUCAUGUGGUCUUCCUUUUUGAAAUUAUAUUUUAUCUAUGGGGUUUAAAUAGUGUUUAGGGGGUUUAAAACAGACUUUCAAACAUUAAUAGCCAAACUGACUACAGCUGAAAUUGAGUAUUUUUCUGAAAUUAGCACAUUUUUGCCUCAAUUUUACAGUUUGUUUUUCAAUUCAUUACAGUUCACUAUUUAGUGGAUAUAGCUCAGUGUUUGGCUAUUUUAUUGUAAUGUUUGUAGUUCAGAUUUUAUUUAACUGUUUUUGGUGUCACGCAAGAAGGAGAAACCUAAAUAAAUAGAAAAUCUGGUUUAAAAGCUAAACUUUAGGAUUCGUUUUCUGCUUAUGUAUUUUGGAUUGCAACAAGGUUUUUUUUUUUGUUUUGUUUUUUUUUUCAUUUAUAUUGUGUUUUACAACUUUUUGUUUUUUAGCAUUUAAAUCCACUUUCUUCCAAAUGUCAAAGCAAUGUAUUAUGUUGCAAGUUGUUUAAAAAUGUAUAUACAGUAUGCACGUUUUUUUCUGGCACACUGUAAUGUUAUAUCUGGAUGCUUUUGCUUUAUUAUGGGCUAGUUGGGUCAUGCAGAAAUAGAUAGAAUUCUGCCAGUAAAAAUACCUUUUUUAUUUGAAGCCAGCUUUGUGAGUUACUGCAACAUAAUUGAUUGAAUAUAAUUCUACAUUUUACAGAGUAAAAAUAUUGCCUAUCUACACUUAGUGAGAUUUUCAAACCUUACAAGAUAUUUAAUUUCAAGAAAACUUUUAAACCUAGGGAGCUGAUGGUCUUGCACAUUGAAUUUGUGAAUAUUGACAUGUAGUCAUGGUGUACUAUGCACAUGUGUAAUGGGAGUUUACAUUAAUGUAAAUAAAAUGUAAUGUCCUUCAUGCAUCUAAAAUAUAUAUUUUUUUUUUUCUUGGCCUUUCUACAGGUCUUCAGAUGCAUGCCAAGUUCACUUUGAAUGCUAGAAGUCGAGAUCACUACAGAUGGAGCUACCAAUUCAACAUGGCCCUAGUGGUUCAUUAAUUGUGAUUCAGCAGCCUUCUUUAGACAGCAGGCAAAGGUUGGAAUAUGAGAGGGAAGUUCAACCAACUGCUAUUUUAUCCCUGGACCAGAUCAAAGCGCUUCGGGGCAGGAAUGAGUACACAGAAGGUCCAUCCAUGGUGAGGAAGCAUGGACCCAAGAUUGUACCAAGGCACACUAAGCAGGAGAGAACUCAUGAGAUUAUACCAAUUAAUGUGAAUAAUAACAAUGAGCACAGACCUAUUCACCUGGCUCACACUGGGCACCUAUAUAAUGGGCGGGCUCCUGUGCUGAGCAGGUCUACUAGCACUGGAAGUGCAGCAAGCUCCGGAAGCACAAAUAGUGGCUCUUCUGAGCAAGAACUUCUGGGACAGUCACCACCACCAAGACCAGGCUUGGGACACCGGAUGGAUAGGAUAGUUCGAAUGCAGCCCAAGGCUUCAUCUUUGAUUGUAGAUGAUCUUAAGAGCUCUGUGAAAAUUGACUCCUCUCAGCACAGAUUCAUUUGUGAACAGUGUGGGAAGUGCAAGUGUGCAGACUGCACUGCUCCGAGGACCCUGCCAUCAUGUCUGGCCUGCAACCACCAAUGUUUGUGCUCAGCUGAGAGCAUGGUGGAGUAUGGCACUUGCAUGUGUCUGGUCAAAGGAGCUUUCUAUCACUGUUCAAAUGACGAUGAGGGGGAUUCGUGUGCGGAUAACCCUUGUUCCUGUACCCAGUCACAUUGCUGCUCCAGAUACCUGUGCAUGGGAAUAAUGUCCAUUUUCCUGCCGUGUUUGCUUUGCUACCCUCCUGCUAAAGGAUGCCUAAAACUCUGCCGAGGAUGUUAUGACAGAGUUAAGCGCCCUGGUUGCCGAUGUAAAAACUCAAAUACUGUGUAUUGCAAACUGGACGAUAUUCCCCGGGGCCAGGGCAAGCCUUCCUGACUUUGAAUGAGGGAGCCUUCGUCUCUGCCUUAUGGACUAUUUGCUGUGUUUGGUCACACAUACAGAUCCUUUUUUUCCCCCAUCCCACUAAAUACCUCCUUUUCCUUGUUUUAUAAGGGUUCCAAUUUCUUCUUUACCAGUAUCCCAGUAUAAUCGGUAGAGCUAACGUGUUGCUUAGGCGUUUUUCACGUUAAUACAAUCUAUUGUGCUUGGCUGAAAGGAUAAACAUGCCUUACACCAUAAGUGGUUUUCUUUGUGCCUAAUUUCUGACUUAGCCUAACUUUACCCAUUCCCUCCCCCCAUUUUUUUUUUUUUACCCUUUCAGAAAUCUAAUACAACCCCCCCGCCCCCACUCUGUUACCUGAAAAACUACUAAUCCUUUUACAAAGACUGGCCUAAAGGAAGAUCUGAACAUCAAGCAGAGACCUACAAUUACCCCAUAAUAAAUACCCUUGUAGCUCUUCUAUGUCCUUGAUGCCAGUUUUCAGUGAAGGAAUUGGUCAGUAAUCCCUUUUUCUCCAGCCUACUUCCCCUCCUACAACUAUUCUCAUGUAUUAUUAAUUUUUUUUUUUUUUUACUUUUAUAUGUAUUAUAUAGGCAGAGGCACUUCUCUGUUGAAGGACUUUUUCCCUCCCCUCAAGUUUUCAUUUCUUUUUCUUUUUUUCAAUUGUCAGAAAAAUUGUAGCCUUAAAGAAAUAAGCUCUUUCACCCUAGACGCACGAAAAGUUUUGUUUCUACGUGGUGACUUUUUUUUUUUUUUCUCUUGUAUGUUUAAUUGCCUUAGCCACAACCUGGCAUUUGUAUAUUAUAUGUAUAAAAUCACAAAGUUGAAUAUUGACUAUUUUUAAAACAAAGGUCUGUUUAAAACUUUUUUUAUUGUAAAAAAAAAUAUUUAUUAUGUGAAUCUAUUUUAUGAUAUUUAUUACAAAGGACAGUUGAAAAUUUACUUGUCUGAAUAUAACAGUAUCAAUACUUACUGAAAAAAUAAGGGUGACACAAAGUACAUAUCUAACUAUAAUGCGGAAAAUAUAAUUAAUGAAUGUGUCUGUUAUUUCUUUAUUUUCAGUCAAUAUUCACACAGAUAUGGCCUGUUCCACAUUGUAGCAUAUAUUUCAAAAUGAAUUUUUUAAUUUAAUUAAAAUGUAUUUUAACUUUUACAUUUUGGUCUUUGUUUUAUUAUUGCAUAAUGUUUUUUAACCCCCCUUCCUUCCCCCCC